AGUGUGUCGAGUUCAAGCGAGUUUCUAUUUGCCUGCACUGUCAGUCGAUCUCACCUCGUUCGAUCAUCUUCAUACCUCACAGUCCGCCUUCGUGUUCGAUCUACUCUUCACCAUGUCGAGCUGCGACUGCGACAGGAAGACCAGCAACGGAGGCAACUGCGACUCCAGCUGCAAGGAGUGCUACGAGCCCACAUUCGGCAUCGAAACCACCUCAAGCCCCGCGAUGAUCUAUGCCCCAGUAUUGCUCGCCACCGAGGCUGCUGGAGUUGCACGAGUUGCCGCCGUCUUCACUGACAUUGGUCAGUAGUGCUCCGAAUGUAUAUAUGACUUCAGGCUAGAGAGAUCAACAAUAUGCUAAUGCUCGUCGUGAGGCUAAGCCGUUCGGUGAUGCUCUGCUCCUGAUCAACCAUCAUUAUGUAGCAUCACGAACGGCGGCCGUACCUUAUAAUUAGCCAUUAGCAGAAAAUCAGAUGGAGCCUGAAGCCUGUGAAUGCGUGUACAAUAUGAUCGGUUGAGGGCUAUGUUGUCCGCUUGAGAUGACUUCUCACGCUCGUGGCGUACCCUUCAGCUGAGACUAUAUAAAGAGUUCGUUCUGUUAUACCAUCGG